UUAAAUGGUUAUUUGAAUUAAUAAUUGUAUGUAUUGCGAAAACCAAGUUUUGUCCUGUUUAGUAAAAAAAAAACGAAUCUGAGGUUUAUCGGAAAAUCGAUAUAACUAUAAUCUCAAAGGCGCUAACGUUUUAAAAUACAAAAUGAAGGAUUAUUGACUUUUGGGGAUAGGCAGUUGAUAAUUUAAUAAUAACCGUGGGUUAUCGAUGAAAUUCCCGAAGCGUAUUAUUUUAAAUAACGUCAUCGUCUAAUUUACUAGCACGCAGAGGCGGUUCACGAUGUUAUAGGUGGCCCGAAAAGGGGACGAAAAAAAAAACACAAUUUUAACGGGAAAUGUUUAAACUCGAAACGUGGACAGUUUAAAAAUGAGUCCGAGUGAGAUUUUAUUGAUUAAACAGUCUUUGAAAUGAGUCAUUUCCUGGUGCUGAUAAUGAGGAUACCGUUUCGUACCAGAUUGCCGACUAAAGCCAUGUGUUUAAAAUCGUCUGACGGUUUUUGUUUUGGUUAUUUUUUUACAUUCCCGAGAACCCCGCUAGAGCGCCCUAAACAAUAACGGAUCAAAAUGCCACUGCCGAAAAGGGUCAUCGAACCGGUUCAUAUCACCAGGGGCACCCUGCCCGAGGACCUGCCCUUGCCGUCGGAAUUGGAAGGGGUAACCAACGGUACCCUAGCAAACACCGUCAGGCAGUUAUCGUCUCUAUCGCGGCACGCGGAAGAUUUGUUUGGGGAGCUCGCCAGGGACGCUCAACAGAUCUACGAUCGAUCGAAUUCGCUGCAGGCCCGGAUCGAUCGUCUCGCGGUUAAAGUGACGCAGCUGGACAGUACCGUGGAAGAAGUGAGCCUGCAGGACAUCCACAUGCGAAAGGCGUUCAAGAGCGCUACGGUGUUUGACCAGCAGAUAUUCUCGCGUGGCACUAUGCCGACCGCAAUGCAGGAGACGUACAGCUCGUGCGACAAGCCGCCCCCCCUCGACAAGCUGAACUGUUACCGGGACGACGGCAAGGACGGCCUGAAAUUCUACACGGAUCCGAAUUACUUCUUCGAAUUGUGGCGCGCCGAGAUGCUGAACGACACGGAACGCAUGAUGCACGACCGGGGCAAGAACAAACCGCACCGUGGCGCGAGAGGGGCGGCGGACGGGGCGCAGGGCGGCGGUAACCGUCACAAGAAACGCGUCCGCCAGCCGCAUAGCACGCGCGAGCGCCAGAAGCAGAUCGCACGGGAGCACGGCGAAUACAUAAUGCCCCAGAACACUAUAUACAGGACGCCCCAGCACUUGUACCAACCCGAAAUCGACGGGGGCUCGGUUCCCGAGCAUCUGCUCCUUCAACAGCAGCACCAGCAACAACAGCAAAGAGCCGCUCGUCCGAACUCGAUCGAAAUCCGACGUUCGUACCAAAGGGAGCAAGAGGUGCCGGACGGGAUGCAUUCGCCGCCCCCGCAGCAACAGCAGGCGUCCAAUUACGACGACCACAAUCCGUAUCAGCACGGGAUGUACGGCCAGGGGCCGCUCAGUUCGGAGUCUCUGUACGCGGGCGGCACCCCCACCAGGGGCGGCAAACUAAGGCCCAGUCAACCGCCGCCCGCGCCGCCCUCUAACCAGAGCACUCCGUCGAUCGGCACCCCGACCCGCGGCCGAGGUUCCGGUCGCGACCAGUUACCGCCGCCGCCGCCUCCGCCCGAAGGCACCGCCCCCACCUCGACGCCGCUGCCACGCGACGUCAUAUCCGCCUCCCAUUCGGUCGUCUGCAGUCCCGAGGCGAACGCGCAAGAGUUGCCGCCUCCGCCGCCCACUCCGAAGCAACAGACGUCGCCGCCCAAACAGCAAGUCGCCGCCGCCCCGCCCCCACCACCGCCCCCGCCGAUGCCGACCGCGAUGCCCGGCCCGAUGAUGAACGGCGACCUGAUCAGGUCGUUGACGACGUCCCCGCCCAAAUUGACGCCGGUCAAAGAUCGGGUAUUGUCGAAAAUGGGUCCGCCGUUGGCCGAUCCGCGUAACGAUCUGCUCAAGGCGAUCCGCGACGGCAUCAAACUGCGCAAGGUCGAAAAGAGCGAGCAGCGACAGGAGAUCGACCGUAGCGCCAACGGUCUGCACGACGUCGCUAGUAUAUUGGCGCGACGCGUCGCCGUCGAAUUUAGCGACUCGGAAUCGGGCAGCGACAGCGAGUGCGACUCGGAGGGGUGGGGCGAGAACGAGACGUCCGCGUGACACAGGCGGAAACCGAGCGAGUCGUCGCAGCAACAGCAGCAGGCGUCCUAUUAGGCGGUUUCGUUUGUUUCUUUUUUUUUCGAGCCGCGGAAGGGCGGGAAAAGGAGUCGAGUCAAUUUUUGCUUCUAAAGGCUAAUUUUAGAAAUGCAGUGAAGUCCGGAUAAAUAACUAAUAAUAAAUAAGUGAACUUUUGUACUCACCCGAUGUUUACGCAAUGAAUGGAAGUUUUUACAUAAUAUAUAAUAUUAUGUUGUAAAAAAGUGCCACGAUAUA